AUGUCUUCCAAACGUCAGCAGCAGCGGAACGAAAAACAGCUGCACGACCUGAUCGCGAAAGUUCCCGGGAACAACCAAUGCGCCGACUGUCGCGCCCGCAAUCCAGGAUGGGCAAGUUGGAGUUUGGGAAUCUUCCUAUGCCUGCGCUGCGCCGCCAUCCACCGUAAAUUAGGAACACAUAUCUCCAAAGUCAAGUCUAUAAGUCUAGACACCUGGACCAACGACCAAGUCGAUCUCAUGAAACGUACCGGAAACGUCACUUCCAAUGCCACAUGGAACCCAGAUCCCCUCAAACACCCCGCCCCGGUCGACCUAGAAGACUCCGAAUCGAUCAUGGAACGAUACAUCCGAGAUAAGUACGAACAUGGCAAAUUCAGAAGAGACCGACAACAGCAGCAAGACUCCGGAAGACUCCUUACCCCUUCCUCAGGUGUCGUAAAACGUGACCCUUCCCCAUCGGCCCCUCGAUCGAGAGACGGAAACCCACGGUCAUCAUCUCCAUUCGAAUCAAAAGGGAAUAAAAUACUAGGAAUGAAUGGAUCAGGCUCGGUAUCGAUACCGCCCGAGUACGAAGCCAAAGUGUCAAAGUUACGAGAUAUGGGAUUCGGUGACGAGAAACAAAAUGCUCAGGUGCUGAAACACACCAAGGGAAACAUGGAACGGGCCGUCGAGGUUUUAAUCAGCAUGGGUGGUGGGACUACGUCUCCCAUACCGCCCCCCAAGGAUAAGCCGGUAAUCCGGAAACAGAGAAGUGGUUUAAUGCUCGGUGGCAUCAAGGAGACUCAGGCCUCAGGAGGAAACCCAUUUGAUGCUUUAGAUCAAGCGGAGGCUCAGCAGCAGGCUCAGCAGCAAGCUCAACAGCAAGCUCAACAGCAGGCACAACAGCAGGCACAACAGCAGGCACAACAACAACAGCUACUUUUUCAGCAGCAGGCGCAAGCUCAAGCACAGGCGCAAGCUCAAGCUCAACAGCAAGCUCAACAGCAAGCACAAUUGCAAAUUCAUGCUCCUCAACCUCAACAGCUGUUCGCAAAUGGGCAAAAUGGAAUACUGCAAAACGGUGUUCAAAAUGGACUCAAUCCUGCCGCAGCGUACAACCCAUUCCUUCAGCCCCAGACCACCGGAUACCAGCAGCAGCAACCAGUUCAGCAGCAGAUCCAACAACCAGCCCCGCAGCAGCAACCCCAGGUCUUCAUGAACGGAAAUGGCCAAUGGGCACAAAGCGUCCAGAAUCCUUACCAGCAAGCUAUGCUCCAGCAGCAGCAGCUAGCCACCCCUCUAGCUUCUCCUUGGGGAGAUGUACCCCCACCACCCCAGCCCCAAUAUGCCACAUCGCAUUUCACCGGCUCGUCAGUAUCCCAGCAGAGUCCGAUCAGUGCCACCAAUCCGUUCUUCGCAGGUGUGCAGACAAACCCGUACAUGUCCCAGCAGCAGCAGCAGCAGCCAUUCCAACAGACAUUCACGCCACCCCUCCAGCAAACACAUACAAACGGUGCUCUUCCAGUCAUAUUUCAGCCCUCUCCACAGUCUCCGUUCCAAGACCCGAAUCAAGCCUUCCUCCAGCAGCAGCAACAACAGCAGUUCCCUCUUCAGCCGCUCCAGCAGCAACAUAGUGGUCUAGCCCCAGCAGCUCAACCACUCAUGCCGCAGCUCACAGGACGAGCAGACAAAUCCACAAUCCUCCAAUUGUACAACUACCCACAGCUCGCCCCGGCCCCUUCAACGGUGCAACAAAACGUUACAGGCCUUCCAAUCCAGCAAAGAAGUGUAUCGACUCCAGUAUUCCAGAACUCAGGGAGCAACAACCCGUUCGCUGCGAAGAUGAACGGUCCUAGCGUUGUUCCCAGUCCAACAAUUGUACAGGACACUUUCAAGAGAGGGCAUAUGACACAGGAGUCCGUUGAUUUCCGAGGUCUGCAGAAUGGAAGACACUCUCCGGACGCUUUUGCGAGCUUGAGCGCCAGUGCAGUGUUUGGAAGGCAAAGAUGA